GAAACGCAAUUAUCUGUCGAGUUGGGUGAUGACAGCGAGUUUUGACAAAUUCUCGUUUUUAAUUUCUUCAAAAAAGUCAAAACGAGUUAAAAAUAAUGAGAAAUAAUUAAAAUAUCCAGCGUAUUUAAUUAGCUGUAGCGAUAUAAUUGGUGUAUCCUUGUGGUUGUUGUAUUUUAAUAUUUGAGAAUAAAGUGGGUGGAUUCCGUUUGCGCUAAUAAGCGAAGUGUUAUUUGUGUCAUGCCCGCAAAAUCGACGGAUUGUGCUGAUGAUGAAAAGCAGAUGAAAAAUGAAGGGUGUCGAUAGUCUUACAGGGGACCGUGAAGGAAUGACACACAAACCAAUUGUAACAUGCGCGGGAGACUGGAAUCUGUUUUGCACCCUAGAGGCGCCCCUGGUGGCCGCCAUACCCCAGGACUCAUGUGAAUGGAGAAGGUCUUAUGGACGGGCCACCAAGGCUGUUUACUUGGAGGCAUCAUUCACCAAGUAUAAUAAAGACAGGGUCCAGUCAGAGCUGAACUUAUUAAAGAAACCAAUAUUCCAUAUUUACUGGACAGACUGUGUGGACAUAGAAUAUUAUAAGACAACUCUACGAGAAGACAUAGAGGCAUGGUUGAAGCAACUCGAGAAAGGUGGCAUAACAGACUGGAUGAUAGUAUUAGUGGAAACUUAUGACAUACGAAAAACAAACAAGUUAUUACCAAGGACAACUGUUUUGGACAAAAUCAAAGGUGAUUUUGGCGUGAAACAGACAGAGGAUAGAUUUAUUUCUGUUAUAAAUCCUAUCAAAUCUGAAGCAAGGAGUGCUGAGUCAUGGAGAGCGUUAGUGGCCAAGAUAAGGCAUUUUGUCCUGGUGGCCUAUAAUAAGGCUCUUAUUAAGUUUGAGGAGUAUAUGAGAGAGCAGAGGGAGAAACGAAAUGACCCAGAAUGGGAUUUUUGUAAAUAUUUUAUUUUGCAGGAACAACUAGCAUUUGUCUUAGAAAUGCUAGGCUUGUAUGACGAAGCUUUAGUUCAGUAUGACGAGUUAGAUGCCCUGUUCUCUCAAUUUGUGCUCAAUUCCAAUGUGACGGAGAGUCCAAAAUGGCUUGACACGUUCAAGCAACCUGUGACGUCUUGGCAGGCUGUCAGACUCACGGCCUUAGUUCCUCAGCAUCUUAGAGAGUUGAUUAUAAAGAAGAAAGCUUCUUUGUUGGACUUUAGAAGCUAUUUGUUUCAACGUCAAAGUGCCAUGUUACUUCCUUCAUCCAAACCUUGGGAGAUCGCCUCCCGUUGCCUAUCCACGGUCCACAACACUUUAGUGGAACUAUCCCUGCUGGGCGCCACCGCGGUCGAAGGCGCCGCCGCCUGCUGGGCUCAGCUGGCUUGCGCAGAAACUUUACGUGCAUGCGAGAGAUUGGCGGCCAAUAAUAAUGCGCUGGACAUGUGUACUGCUACUCAGGCGCCGUUAUUGCAUAAUGCUAAGGAUAAGCUACACGAACUAGGCAAACUAUGCGGCCUUCUCCCGGGUUCUCCCGAACCAUCAUCAGAACAGCUGCACCUAGUAGUAAUGCUAUCAGCAGGGAUGGGAGACAAUGAGACGAACAACCAGCAUCCGACCCCGACUGAUAGACUGAAGGAAGCACUGUGCAGUAAGACCUGUUUUCAACAGUACUAUUUGGAGUUGGCUGAGCUCGCUAUGGGGACUUAUAAGCAUAUUGGACGGUUAAGAUUCGCCCGUCUAAUCGGUCGCGAUUUAGCAGCCUUCUACUCGGAACUGGGCGAGACUGGCAAAGCCGUGGUCUUCCUUAUGGACGCUCUAAGGUCUUAUGAGGAGCAAGGCUGGCGGGACCUGGCUGCGCAGACCAGGUUGGAACUGGUGGCCGCUGCUAAGAAAAUGAGGGAUAUGGAUAGAUACACAAAGCUCUCAGCAACAAUAGCAAGUACAGCCGAAUUAGAAAUCCUAGUCAGAAACUUCUACUUCGAGGAAAUGAUGAAAUCAAUACGAGAGGAACUGUCCAAAAAACCUGAAAGUGUCCUCACAGAGUUAAACGAUUGUUUCAAAGUCGUAUCGGCGAGCUUAGUGCCGUCCGAACGUGGUGUUUAUAUAACUGACAAUAAGGUUCAAUGUCGCAUGACGGUUGUAAGUUAUUUGCCGAAGGAUGUGACUUGUACUAGGGCAGCAAUAAGUAUAGAGAGGUGUAAGGACGAUAAGGCGGAGAAGAGGACGCCUGUCAAAAGUUAUAAGACUGAUUUAAGUGUUAGUGGUAGUGUCUCGCAGAAUAACUCGCCGCGCCGGGGGACUGUCGAGCCUGACAGUGAUUCGACUAACUUAAUUACAAGCAUAAGACUGGACGACUUAAAACCCAAGAACCCUUUACUAAAUCCUUUACAAAUAAACUCGCAACUUCACUACAAAGAAGACAGGUCGCUACAAAAAGUGACAGUUGAAUGUCAGAACCCUAAAGUAACCCUCAAGCGGUCAGACAGCUGCAAAUAUCGAAAACCUUCAGCCACGUUACGGAAUAACUACGAAAACUCUUUCUCUGUAGAAGGAAUUGUAUUAAAACCGGGCUCAAAUGACCUGGUUCUAGACUUUGUGGCUUCAAAAUGUGGGACUUUCAAACUUGGUCAAGUCUCUUUGCUUAUUGAGGAAAAAUUGGAGUUUCUGUCCAAUGUUCUGAUUGGCACGAAGAUGGGAUGCGAAGUGGUCACGCAAGGGGUUAACGUGUAUUUGAAUAAGGUUGAGCCAAAGAAGGAUUUGGUGGCUGGAUUGGAACAUGCUAUGGAGCUCGUGGUUACUAGUGGGAGCUCGAUUAUUAAAGAGAACACAACAAUCCUACUAAAAACAUCAGCAGGGCUGGUCAUUCGGUUUGCCUCGGACGACACGGCGAUGUCUCGAGAGCUGACCAUCAAAGUGCCCGCUAUGGAGCCCUUCCAGACCACGCGGGUACCGCUGCGACUGUUCGCUGUGCUGCAGCCUCGGAAGGAGAAGAGUAUUGAGCAUACGGUCUGGCUAACCUGUCCCUGGUGGGAAGCAGUAACAGAAGUCCCCCUCCACUUCUCCCCUCCCAUGGUGGCUUCCUGGCGACUCCUCACCUCCAACACGAGGAAGUUCAUCCAUGUCACCCUCAAGUCGACAGUCGUACAUCUCGUCCAGUUCGCUCUGACCGACCCUAAGUUGGAGUGCGAUGGAAAUAAUAAUUCCGUGUCGGAUUUGAAUCCCAAGAAUUCUGAUCAUAUGAUGGUAGCAUCAGAUGGGACCACAGCAUCGUUCAUGUGGGAACUCUUAAAGGACCCUCUAGUUAAAGCCGGGCCAAUGAAAGCCACGUUUUCAGUAAACUACCGGCCGACAGACGUCGAAGGGAUUAGCCGGCCUUUCAGCUGUCCCUUUGACAUACAAGAGUAUACUACGCUCUUUGUAAUAAGGACAAAGUUGGAGCCUAGUAAGGGCUCUGAUUUCUGUAGGGCUUCCCAAAUGUGCUGUUUGCAGUUGAGUGUGCAGAGGGUGAAUGAGACAGAAUACACGUCGCUUAUGUACGAAGUUCUUGCUGAUCAGACCAUGUGGGCUGUAUUAGGUCGAACUGCAGGUGUAAUAACAAUGGAAUGCACAAGCACGGAGCCUCAGAACGUGACAUUGGAUGUAAUGCCGCUGGUAGCAGGAUACUUGCCACUGCCCACUGUCCGACUUUCCAAAUAUAUUGCAGCUAAUACCAAAGACCCAAAGAAAGACAUCUCAGCCCACCCCCGGCUAGAACCGUUCAGCCCCGGCCAGGUGUACCACGCAGGUAAGGCGAAACAAGUCCAUGUGCUGCCUCCGAUGCCCAAAGAACAUCUCGACGUUCUAGCCAACUGAGACCGACCAAGUGUAUGAGCUUAUAUAGUAUAUGCAAAUAGGGGUGGGAAACUCGCAGGUUUAGUUAGUUUUUGGUUACUAAAGAGGUUUAAUGUUUUGGGUGCUGGAAACUCCACGCGAGUCAUAAUUGAUUAUCUGCUGUCUUAUACGUCUUAUAAUGGGUUAAAUCGCAACUUGUAUAAGGAAAAUCCCAAAAAAAAAUUGGUUUGGAUUUGAAUUUAUUGUUUUAGAUACAAAAUACAUGCUUGGGAGUGUAAUUGGUUUUUAACCUUUACAGAAAGUUGUUCUACUAAACGUGCGAGGUUUUCUUCUCAAAAUAAAAAAUAAAUGUAAAACUGACUAUUCAUGACAUUACCACGAUAAUCGACUAAGUAAUUAAAAAACAACACUAGCUGUCAAAAUACACAGAUUGUGAAAAAAUACGUCCAUUCCGUUUUUGAAAUGUUGUAACAUUGCCAGGCUCAAUAAUUAUGUUCAUUGUAUUGAAUAAUUAAUGGUAAACUAAUAAAAAAUAUUAAAUUGAUAUUAUACAUUGAUGUUUCGUGUUAGGGACAAACGAAUUAUUUGGUAUGCUUAAAGAAGUAUAUUAAUCUAUAGCGUAAAAGACUAAAUACACACAAGAUUUGAAUGUGCGUUGUUUUAAAAUUAAUUAAAACGACACACACAUGUUCAAAUGGUAUACUUAAAAAAAACUGUAUAACCGAAGAGAAUAGAAAAGCUUUUACACAUAUUUUCCUGUGUAAUUAUGAAAAAUAUAAGAAGUUUAAUAUAAUACUGCUUACGAAAUUCUAUGUGACUAAGAUUCGGACCACCACAUGUGAUAAAUCAUAUGCUUUGUAAGGUUGUAUGUGCGUAUAUUAUAAUAUACUAUUACUGAAUAUGUUCAUUUCUUCUGUCUUGUAAUUAUGCGCUUUGCCAUCUUCAAUGAACAUUAAUGCGGUGAUUUUAUGAAAAUAAAAUAAUAUAAACUGUAAAAAAAACUGUUAUAAGAAUAAUAACAAGGAAUAUUUCAUUUCGCAGAAAUUAAUGCAUCAUAUUUUUCACUGAAUUAAUUAUUUUCACUAAAACUUGUGCCAUAAUGUCCCAAAAGUUACGAUGGGCUAAACAGGCGCCAAAACGUGAAAUGUUUAGAUUUUUUGAGUUCCUAAGCGUUAUACAUUUUCAAAAUCAACGUAAUAAAAAUCUGUCGCUGCAACUUUACAGGGAAAUAAGCUUUCGCCCUUUCUGCGUUGAACAUUCGAUUUAAAUACAAUGACAUUUAGGUAACUAAUAAAAUAGCUAGCUAUGUGUUAGAAGUAUGUGCGUGUACUGUAGUGUUAUAUUUUUGUUUUCAAUCCAAAAACAUUAAUGUAACAUUUAUUAGUGUAUCUGUUGUCUAAAAGGUAGUGUGUCUUUUAGAAGGUACUGACGAAAACUUUCAUUUUAUUAACAUAGUUGUUCUUUGAUUUGCCUCAUAAUGCAGAGUGCCCUUUCGUUUCGACCAAAUAAUAUACAAGCAAUCAAUGCACAAUAAAACCUAGAUAUUUUAUUAGGAUGUAGUUUAAAUUUGUAUCUGAUUACUCAGCGGUUUUGUCAGCAUGCUGGAUCUGAAAUGGUCCGAGCAUUGUCUGAUUAAACAAAAUGAUCUUCAGUAGGAAAGAGCUUAAAUGCUUCUUUCAUUAUCUUACUGCUUUAUCAUACAUACCUCGAAAUACUCAAACGUUACUUAACUUUAAGUCUUACUUAAAAGUCUCUCUGUCGCGGCAAGUUACGUAUGUGUGAUACAGAUAGAAUGAUGUUUGAGCCGUCUUUAAAAUUGAGUGGCGUUUCAGUAUAAGGCUGAGAAUCACUUGUUUCUUUGACCUUGGCAUCAUUUAUAUUAGAAAAUAAACAAAUCUCCGUCAAUGCCAUAAUUAUUUUCGCCACAACGAUUAUGUAUACCUAGUCUUAUUCUCGUCUUUUCUUUAUUUUCACAUGAUUAAGUUGUAAAUACAAUUUGGUGCUAGUUUUAUAAUAGAGUAACCACCAAAUUCUUACUAAAUAAUAUUCAAGCUAUUAAGUUAUCUUUGUAUAUCUUGUUAAUUUAAUCUCAGUUAAGUUUUACUGGUGCAUAUAAUUUGUUAAGAGCUGUUUCGGUUGAGUUUUCUAUGUAUAUUUCUAUUUACUAAUAUGGAUAACAAAUCAGGGUGUUUUCACUUAAUAUGAAGAACAUUUUUUUCAUUCUCAAAAGCGAUAAUAUAACAUCCAUCAUCUAUACCCGCUCGUUUCUGUUAUCAUGAUAUUUGUCUAUAGUAAUAUUAUUAAAGAGCUUUGUCUAGAAUAAGUAAUCCAAAGAAUAAAUUGAUGUACACAAUCUCUUUAGUUACUAACGCUAGCCAUUGUAGAAAUAAUUUAAUGUCUGAAAAUAGCAAUGCAAGGCAAGCGGUACGUUCGAAACAUUUCCGUGGUAAAAUAUGACUGUAAAAUUGACAAAAGGGCAAAAGAGUAUACUCAUUACUCAGUAGGUGUGACAUAUUCUUUUUUUUAAGAUGCUUAGAUAUAUCUCGUUUAUUACAUUUUGAUAAAUUGCAAAAUGACGUUGUGUAUAUUUCAGUGUUGCAAUUUAAUUAAAUGUUGUUGAUUUUUUAUUGUGUAGCAUGUUAGAUUAAUCGUAUUAUAGUUGGUUUACUAUCGUAUAGCAUAGCUUUAUAGUUCUCAUUAAGUUAUCGAGAUUUCCAUAAAGUGUAUUUAUUUUGAUUUUGUAAGUGAAUAAAGGUCCAUUAUAGAGGCUUACGUGAAAUAAUAUUACAUACAAGGUGCGCUCCCUUAGACUAUUUAAGAUUUUAAGUCAAUGUGAAAUCGUCUGUAAUGGAUCCUAUUAUUAUCAUUGUGUUUAUUUAUAUCUUGACAUGUAUUGAAUGUUAAACAUAUAAUAAGAAGAGAAAGAAAUAAAAAGAACUUCAAAAACAUCUCUAUACCAGUGACAUUAUAUUUUUUCGUUGGUAAUAUUUGACCAGAAUCUUGAAAGCUGUCGACUCGAGCGAGAUGUUUAUGUAAAUAGACGUAAUUAACUGCAGAUUGUAUUUAUGUUUCAUACUAUGUAUUAUAUUUAGAACUACGAAUAUAAUGUUUAUUGUUAG